GAAUUGUAUAUAUUUAUCGUAUCAGUUAACGUGAGCAUUGCAAGCUUUGCAUACAUGCAACUUGUUUGGCGUUGCGCAGCUGGAGGCGAAAUUAGGGCAGCGUGGCGAGAGUGUAGCGAGCAAUUUUGGAUUUGGAGCACGCAGGCUGUUUGGUGAAAUUUGUGUUGUUGGUGCGCUGCAACAGCCAACACCGCCACCAACCCCCCGUCGCACGCCUCCUCCCCACACACACACAUACAUACCAUACACACAAACAAGAUGCUGUGUAUACAAAAUUAGAGGGAGAAUAUUUGAAAAUACACGGCCGGAAUAUUUAUGCUAUUGUAAACAAUACGAGAGCCAGCGAAAUUAUUCGGGGUCAAACCGAAACAGAAUAACAGAAGAAAACUAAUUCCAGCGAAUGCAAAGAUUCCAAGUGGCAGUUUUACAAAAGCGCGUACAAUGGCAACAAGUCGAAGCGAAUGCGAACAACAGCAGGAAGCAGGAGCAACCUCAACGGCAACGGUAACGACGUCAGCAGGCCAGCUGCUCCGUCAGCGUUUAGUUAAUGGCGGCAGCGGUCACGAGUCGUCGCCGACGACGUCAACGUCGCAGUCGAACGGCAAAGCAGCAGCAGCAACAUCAUUAAUUGUUGGCAACAACACGAAUAGCUCCGGCACUUUUAUGAAACUGAAAACCUAUCUGUUGGCCUUGCGUCCUUGGUCCCUGUCCGCCAGUUUGAUGCCAACGCUGCUCGGUUCGGCGUUGGCCUACCGCUCUCAGUGGUCGGCGGACUUCUCCAUGGUCACCUUCUUCCUCACCGCAUUCACCGUGGUCACCGUGCAUUGUGCCGGCAAUGUGGUCAAUACUUAUUUCGAUUUCAUCAAAGGCAUCGACAAACAAAAGGCUGACGAUCGCACUCUGGUCGAUCACAUACUCACCAAGGAUGAGGUGGUUUCGCUGGGUGCUAUCCUUUACCUGGCUGGAUGCGGUGGCUUUGUGCUGCUCGCCGUGCUUAGCCCCGCUAAAAUGGAACAUUUGGCGCUUAUUUACUUUGGUGGCCUAUCAUCGAGCUUCCUAUAUACGGGCGGAAUUGGUUUCAAAUACAUUGCGCUGGGUGAUCUGGUCAUCUUGAUAUUGUUUGGACCAAUGUCGGUGCUAUUUGCGUUCAUGGCGCAAACAGGUCACGUGGAUUGGACAACGAUAGGAUAUGCCAUACCGCUGGCCCUCAAUACGGAGGCCAUACUGCAUAGCAAUAAUACGCGCGAUGCGGAAAGCGAUGGCAAGGCUGGCAUCGUAACACUGGCCAUACUAAUUGGACGCACUGCCUCCCAUGUGCUAUAUGCCAUGAUGCUCUUCACACCCUACUCACUGUUUUUCAUCUUUGGACUGAAGUAUUCGCUGUGGUUUCUGCUGCCGUUAAUUACAUUGCCGCAGGCAUUUCAAAUCGAGAAACGUUUCCGCAACGAGCAGACAAUGCAUGCAGUGCCCAAGCAGACGGCCAAACUGAAUUUCUUCUUUGGAAUACUCUACAUUGUGGCCUGCUGCUGUGCACAGCAGCUCCCAACUUUCGUUUGGCGCAAACACUAGAUAUAUAUAUAUAUAUAUAUAUUUUAUAGGAGAUAUGGCAACGACACUUCCUGAACGGCUGCAACGUUAUUGGGAAUUUCAUUAGUUUUUCUAUUUUUUUGUAGUAUUUUUUUAUUUGUUGAUUUUAGUGAAAUGUAGUUACGAAUAUUGUAUUGUACUAUUGUCUCAAAAUUGCUGUUGCAUAAAUUUUUGGAACGCUUUGCUAGUCUCCUAGUCUCUUAACACUUAACUCUUAUCAUAGAACUGAACAUAUCGCCUCCCCUCUCCCCUUAGGCCCACAGCUUUGGCUAGAGUCACUUUAUUUAUUUCACCUGAACUACGAACUCAAUCGAUACCUAUAGUUUUUAUAUAUAUAAAUAGGUACUCUUCCUCUCACUCGUUGGAAUCAUGGACCAAGAUCGUUAUAGCGUCGGCGUGUGCAACAAUAUUGAAAUCAUCUAAUGGCUUAGAUAUACAUACAUACGACAGAUGUAUGUGAAAACGUUAAUGUUACUUUAUAGAAAAUUGCUUGAGAAACAUGCAAAAUAAGUUAUGAAUCGACAAUGCUGGCUUUGCUUUUGGUGUAACAAUAGUUAGCGUUUUUACUCUUACACCCAACAUACACAUAUACAUAAUCUAUAUAUAAAUACACAUUAUAUACGUAUACAUCAUCAUAUAUACAAUACAUGUAAUUAUACAUGCAUACACACAUAAUUAGAUCAUGUAAGCCCAGUGUCUAGCAGCAGGCUCAAGAGUGAGAAUAUCAACACAUACACAAUUUUUAAGAAAAUAAAAAUGAGAAAAAUUAAAAAUAUAUUAUAUGUACACACAUACUUACAAUAUGGUAUAGAUGUACUAGAACAAAUGGCAGAUCGAAAGAUUUGCUGUGAGUAACCGUUGUUUUCCAAGCAUAAAUCACAAAACCUAUGCAUAUAAACAAAUAGCUUUAAAUAACAAUAACAGAAAAAAAAAAAAAAAAAAAA